AGCUCGUCGUCGUCACUCAAUCCAUGGCCACUCGACCUCUCAUCUCUCUGCAACUCCUUUCCUCUCUUUCAUCUUCUUCCUUAAACCCAACCCCACAAUCUCUCUUCUUGCCCAAUUUCGCUAAACCCAAAAGAUUAUCAAGGAAAAGCGGUGUUCAUUGCUCGGCUACUCUCAUCACUCACCCUUCCGUUCUCUUAUUAGGCAGCUUCGAUGGCGGUGGAUUCGUCGAUACACAGACCUUCAUUGUCACCAUCAGUCUCGUCGUUGCCAUUGCCCUCUCUCUCUUCCUCGGCUUCAAGGGAGACCCAGUUCCAUGCGAGAGAUGUGGUGGAAACGGUGACUCUCUUUUUUAUAGGUUCUAUGAUAUAUUCCGUAUUAUAUAUAAAUAGAAGUGCUAUAUGAAUUAAAUAUUAAAAAUAUAUUAAAUAUGUAAAUCAACAAAAAAAAAUUAUUUUAUU